AAAUGAAAGCCCAGUACGAAUAGUUUCUACUUUCUGUUUCGAUAACACAACACAUAGCCAAGAAGAAGAAACCCUAGAUACCCAAUUUCUUAUUAGCUUCACCAAAAUCAAACCAUACAAAUUUUAAUCCCAACCCAAAAGACCGAACUUUUUUUUGUCAUCUUUAUCUCUACCAUUUUUGUUGUCUUUUUUCUUUUUAAAUUUUAUUUUACAUAUUUUAGUAUUUUCGUUCUGUUCUGUUCUGUUUUUCGUUAUUUUCAGGAUUGACAAGGAAAAACAGGAAUUUUGGGGGUCUUUUGUCUCUGAAGACGCAUAAUAUAAACAAGCUUUUCCUGUUGUGUUCUGGGUUUUUUGUGCUGUUGAUGGUAAUUGUAUUUAUCUGCUUUCUCCUCUAAUGGUGGCUUUUCUCUUAUGAAAUUAGGGUUUCAUUUUUCCUCUCUAUUCUGGUUCUUUAUCUGUUGCUGGCCUACCUCGCGAACAUUACUGAUUGAACUUUGAGUUUUCAAUUCAAAAAAUGUCAUCACCACGAUCAUCGCCAUAUCAGAUCCUUGACAAUCGACCGAUUGAUCAGUGGAAGGUUACAGAGUUAAAAGAAGAGCUUAAGAAGAGGAAAUUGAUAACUAGAGGUUUGAAGGAGGAUUUGGUAAAACGUUUGGAUGAAGCAGUGCGUACUGAAAGGACUAUUUCUCAGAGUGAUAACGAUAAUGAUGAUAAUGAUAACGAUAAUGAUAAUGGUAUUGAAUCUAGUCCACAACCAGCAGUUGUAGUGAAAAGUGGGGAGAAAAACUGUAAAGGCACUGUGGAUGGUAGUGGUAAGAAGACCAGAAAGGUGGAUAACCUUCCUGUUCAGGAUGACAAUAAUAACAGUGUACCAGCCUUGGACCAGGGUAAUAUUCAGGAAGGAUAUGUUUUAGUUGGUGAAGAUUCUUCUGUGGUGGAGGAGACUGUGGUUAGUUAUGAAACUACUGUAGAAACCACAGUUACGGUCACUGAGAGUGUGGUACCUGAUGUAGCAUUCAGUGAGCAAGAUUCUGAGAUUCAGAAAGAGAAGGGGAGUGCUAAGUCUCAGCUGGAGAAUGAGGAUUCAAAGUCUCAGCUGGAGAAUGAGGAUUCAAUGUCCCAGCUGGAGAAUGAGGAUGCAAAGGCCCAGCUGGAUAGUGAGCAUUCAAAGCCCAAGGUAGAGAAUGCUGACUCAAAGCACCAGGUUGAGAGUUCUGACUCGAAGCCCCAGUUAGAGAGUGCUGGCUCAAAGCUGUUAGAGAGUGCUGUCUCAAAGCCCCAGGUAGAGAGUGAAGACUCAAAGACCCAGCUGGAAAUCGACAGUACAAAGUCACAGCUGGAGAAUGAGUGUUCCAAGCCUACAUCCGAGGAAGUCAAGCUCGACAUUUCUGCUCCAGAAAACCAGGUAUCUGAGGUCAGACCUAAUUUUGGGUCUCAAGUAAAAUAUGAUUCUAUUUCUACUGAUUCUGUGUCUAUUAAUGAAAAGAUUGAACUAAAGGAUAACAUAAUUGCUGAUAAUGUCAAAUUAGAAUUAGAUGUUAUUAAGCCGGAGAUGGUGGCACCAUCAUCCAGCACUAUUGUUCAGGCCGGUGGUGACUUACAUCCUAUGGAUGUUGAAGAGCCACAUGAGAGCAACACAUCUGUCGAUGAGAAGGAUGACAAUAAUGGUAAUAAUGCAGAUUUGAGGAAGAAAAAUGAUAAUCUAGAUGUGGGGUACUCUGAAAAGUUAAAUUUAGACAGAAGUUCUGGAGAUGAUUCUAUGGAAGAAGAUGUGCUGGAGAGUAAACAAAUUGAUUCCAAGUAUAGUUCUGAUGAUGUGGGAGAUAAGAGUGAGAAAACUGAAGUUUCUGAUAUGAAGGAGGAAGGUCAUGUUGAUAUUGUGGGAGAUGAUUUUUCUGCAGACGGAAAAGACGCCCAUGUUGAGAAUGAAGAGCGUCCAUCUGCACAUGCUGAGAAAAGAAAGAUUAAUGAUGAAUCAUUGGCUGGAAACAGUGAGCCUCUAAAAAGGCAGCGGCGGUGGAACUCUGAAAGCCUAAAAAUUCCAGAGCCACAAAGCUCUAAUAUUACUACCACUACACCCAAGGAUGCGUUCCAGUCCUCUGCCUUGAAGCGCCUUGCUAGAGCAGACUCAAUCAUUAGUGAGGAUUCACCCAAGGAACGUGCUGUCCCACCAUCACCAAAAUCUCCAACCUCUUCUCUAAGGAUUGAUCGGUUUCUGCGGCCCUUCACCUUGAAAGCAGUGCAAGAGCUUUUGGGCAAAACUGGGAAUGUAACCAGUUUCUGGAUGGAUCACAUUAAGACCCAUUGCUAUGUUACAUAUUCAUCAGUGGAAGAAGCCAUUGAAACACGCAAUGCUGUAUAUAACCUGCAGUGGCCUCCAAAUGGUGGAAGGCUGCUCAUAGCAGAAUUUGUCGAUCCUCAGGAAGUAAAAACUCGGGUGGAGAGUCCACAAGUUCCUGUAGCUUCUGCCAAUGCAGCUCCUGUUGCAUCUCCCAAUGCAGCUCCUGUUGCUCCUAUCCUAUCAGUCACACAGGCCCAACAGUCCCCUCGGCAACCUAGGCAGCAGCAGCAGCUUACAGCACCGCCUUCUCUCCCUCCACCACCACCCUUGUCUAAUCCUCCCCAAGUGAGAGAAAGGCUUCCUCUUCCACCGCCACCACCGCUGCCAGAAAAGCUUGACCCUCCAAUUGUCACAUUAGAUGACCUCUUUCGAAAAACCAAGGCAACUCCUCGGAUCUACUACUUACCUUUGUCGGAAGAACAAGUUGCCACAAAACUUGCAGCUCAAGGGAAACAAGUGAUGCAGUAGCUACUGUAGACUAUUACUGAACUCUCACAUCUGCACUGGGGAUGUUCUUGCAGGUUGGCUGGUUGGUGUUUGGUAGAUUAUAGUAAGGAAGUAUCAUGAAAUUGCAUCUUUGCAGGUCUACAGAAUGUUAGCCGUUGUAAAGGAGUAAAGGAGUGUCGUUCCAUGGUGGAUUUGGGUUUUCGUGGAACUGCAAUGAUUUGAGCUUAAGUUGAAUUUGGGUUUUAGUGUUAGAACCUGUCAAAUCGAGAGCUGUCUUUUAUGACAUUUUGGUGUACCUGGUUUUCCUUUUCGAACCAGAAUUCCAUUUUCUUUCUUUAUUUUUUUUUGGUUAAAUUGUUAGAGUUUAAUUUGUAUUUGAAGAUAAUAUACAUUUGCUCUCAAACGUAGGAUGUGCAACUUCAAGGCACAUGCCUUCUGCUAUCUGAUGCUGUGUGCCAUAACAUUUUUUA